AUGCAGGUGAGCUUGCUGCAGCGCCAAGCCCAGAGCUCCCCGGUGACCCUUGAGGAGGCGGCCAUGUUCUUCACGGAGGAGGAAUGGGCCCUGCUGGAUCCAGGCCAAAGAAAACUCUUCUGGGAAGUGAUGGAGGAAACGUACGAGAUGGCCACCUCUCUGAAAGACUACAUUUCCCAGGAGGACUUGCGAGCGCAAGAGAGAUCUACCCUGCCUUUCCUAGGUGCCCCGGGGGCAGUUUUCCCUCCAGAUGGAAAUAAAAAUGUAUGGGAUACGCAGUUCCCCGAGGCCUCUCUCCUUUCGUGCUUCCCCUGGCUGGAGGGAGAACUUGGCCUUUGCUCGUCUGCAGGAAAGUGGUCAGAGACAGGAACAGAUGAUCGAGAGGGCCAUGUUUUCCUCUUCCAGAGCUCCCCCGUGUCCUUUGCGGGGGUCGCCGUGUUCUUCACAGAAGAGGAAUGGGCUCUUCUGGAUUCAGGCCAAAGAAAACUCUACUGGGCUGUUAUGGAGGAAAUGUUGGAGACCGCGGCCUCUCUGGUGGCAGAUGUGUUUGGAAAAGAAUCAGGAGGGAGAGUUGUGGUAAAAGACAACAACAUACAAGCGGAAGCACAAUCUGGCGGUCAAGCGAUACCCAAGAGACAUUGCAGAAAGAACAGGGAAUGGAAACAGAAGCAAAGGAAAGAAUUGAUGGUCUUUCAGAGUAGAAAGAAGCCUGAGGUCUCAUCCCAAGAUGAAACACGGAAGAGAAAGAAAAGGUCUAAUGGUACCAUGAACCAGAAGGGGUCCAGCUGCCAAUUCAGUACUAAAACAUCUCACAAAGUUCCAGCAUUCUUGAAAAGGCAUAAAUGUGUGGAAUGUGGAAAGUGCUUCCACUGGGGUUGGUCACUAACUGUCCAUCAAAGAUUUCACACAGGGGAGAAGCCAUAUAAAUGCUUGGAGUGUGGGAAAUGCUUCUCUCAAAAUAGCACCUUAAAAACACAUCAAAAGAUUCAUACUGGGGAGAAGCCUUAUAAAUGCUUGGAGUGUGGAAAGUGCUUCUCCCAUAAUAGCAGCUUGACUGCACAUCAUAAUAUUCAUACUGGAGAGAAGUCAUUCAAAUGCUUAGAGUGUGGAAAGUGCUUCUCUUUCAAUGGCAGCCUAAAGCAACAUCAAACGAUUCAUACUGGGGAGAAGCCAUAUAAAUGCUUGGAGUGUGGAAAGUGCUUCUCUCUCAUUGGCAGCCUAACUACACAUAAGAAGAUUCAUACUGGGAAGAAGCCAUACAAAUGCUUGGAGUGUGGAAAGUGCUUCUCUCAGAAUGGCAACCUAAGAGCACAUCAAAAGAUUCAUACUGGGGAGAAGUUAUAUAAAUGCUUGGAGUGUGGAAAGUGCUACUCCCAUAAUAGCAGCUUGACUGCACAUCAAAAUAUUCAUACUGGGGAGAAGUCAUUCAAAUGCUUAGAGUGUGGAAAGUGCUUCUCUUUCAGUGGCAGCCUAAAGCAACAUCAAACGAUUCAUACUGGGGAGAAGCCAUACAAAUGCUUGGAGUGUGGAAAGUGCUUCUCUCAGAAUUACGCUCUAAGAACACAUGAAAAGAUUCAUACUGGGAAGAAGCCAUACAAAUGCUUGGAGUGUGGAAAGUGCUUCUCUCGGAAUAAUGCCCUAAGAAGACAUGAUAAGAUUCAUACUGGGAAGAAGCCAUAUAAAUGCUUGGAGUGUGGAAAGUGCUUCUCUCGGAAUGACCAGCUAACUACACACCAAAGGUUUCAUACUGGGAAGAAGCCAUAUAAAUGCUUGGAGUGUGGAAAGUGCUUCUCCCAGAAAGGUGGCUUGACUGUACAUAAAAAGAUUCAUACUGGGGAGAAGUCACAUAAAUGCUUGGAGUGUGGAAAGAGCUUCUCUCAGAAUGGCCAACUAAGGUCACAUCAAAGGAUUCAUACUGAGGAGAAGCCAUUCAAAUGCUUGGAGUGUGGGAAGAGCUUCUCUCGGAAUGACAUCCUAAGAGCACAUCAAAGGAUUCAUACUGGGGAGAAGCCAUUCAAAUGCUUGGAGUGUGGAAAGUGCUUCUCUCGGAAUUACACCCUAAGAGCACAUCAGAAGAUUCAUACUGGAGAGAAGCCAUAUAAAUGCUUAGAGUGUGGAAAGUGCUUCUCUUGGAAUGAAACCCUAAGAACACAUAAGAAGAUUCAUACUGGGGAGAAGCCAUUCAAAUGCUUGGAGUGUGGAAAGUGCUUCUCUCGGAAUGACACCCUAAGAGCUCAUCAGAAGGUUCAUACUGGGGAGAAGCCAUAUAAAUGCUUUGAGUGUGGACAGUGCUUCUCUCAAAGUGGCCACCUAAGGUCACAUGAAAACAUUCACACAGGGGAGAAGCCACAUAAAUGCUUGGAGUGUGGGAAGAGAUUCUCUCGGAAUGGCCACCUAAUGUCACAUCAAAAGAUUCAUACUGGGGAGAAACCACAUAAAUGCUAUGAGUGCGGAAAGUGCUUCUCUGAGAAUGGCACCCUAAGAGCACAUCAAAAGAUUCAUACUGGGGAGAAGCCACAUAAAUGCUUCGAGUGUGGAAAGUGCUUCUCUGAGAAUGGCACCCUAAGAGCACAUCAAAAGAUUCAUACUGGGGAGAAGCCACAUAAAUGCUUGGAGUGUGGGAAGUGCUUCUCUCAGAAUGGCACCCUAAAACAACAUCAAAAGACUCAUACUGGGGAGAAGCCACAUAAAUGCUUAGAGUGUGGGAAGAGCUUCUCCCGGAACAGCAAUCUAAAAGAACAUCAAAAGAUUCAUACUGGGGAGAAGCCACAUAAAUGCUUCGAGUGUGGAAAGUGCUUCUCUGAGAAUGGCACCCUAAGAGCACAUCAAAAGAUUCAUACUGGGGAGAAGCCACAUAAAUGCUUGGAGUGUGGGAAGUGCUUCUCUCAGAAUGGCACCCUAAAACAACAUCAAAAGACUCAUACUGGGGAGAAGCCACAUAAAUGCUUGGAGUGUGGGAAGAGCUUCUCCCGGAACAGCAACCUAAAAGAACAUCAAAAGAUUCAUACUGGGGAGAAGCCACUUAAAUGCUUGGAGUGUGGAAAGUGCUUCUCUUGGAAUGACAGCCUAAAAAAACAUCAAAAGAUUCAUACUGGGGAAAAUCCAUUUAAGUAUUUGGAGUGUGGGAAGUGCUUCUCCCUUAAUGGCAGACUAAGAGUACAUCAAAAGAUUCAUCGUGGGGACCUCCGGUGA